UUCCUCAACGACAUCAUCGAUUAGACUAAUGGUAAAACAAGAAAUACAUGGUAGAUGGUUGGAUCUUGACUCUUUUAUAUCCCUUGUCUGCCUUAGGGGGGAUCAGAGACCAGAACGCCGCUGUAGGUUCUCUGUACUCACAUAGAACGAUAAUCACGAUCAAGCCUACUAUAUUUCCUGUUGAAACACUCAACUGCAUCCUAUUACCCAGUCAAACACGAAUUCACUGGUUUCUAGGAGAAGGGGUCAGUCAUCCACAGACAAGGCGCUCUGUAGUCCGAAAGACCUGCCUAUGGAGCGUGGCAGGCUCCACGGAAGACACCCAUCCGACGGCCAGCUGGACGGCCAGCAUGGUAGAAAUACAAUACUAUAUAAACAGUGUACAUUGCAUUGAUGAAACUGUGUUGUACCAACAACUUCUUCUGUUCGAUCCGUUUUUUUCCCACUCUUGGAGAAUUAUUAGUGGGGCAAGUUCAUCCCGCAAAAUCUAUACUACAUCCAACCUUCAUUCGCAAACUUAUUUUUUUCUACCAGAACGUCCAGGAGAGAAGAAUAUACAAAAAAGAAAACAUGACCUCAUUCACUGAAAGGGGAUUCUUCGGGGAUGCCAUCUUUGGCGCUAUUCCUCAAGGAUGGAUUGACGCAAGGUAAGUC